AUGUCGUUGGAGUCGGACCUCAAGGCCCCUGCCGACGACAACUUCAACAAGCGGGAUGGGCCCUUUAGGGGCAGCUCCAUGCGAGUGGCCAAGCCCACAACGCCGGCCCCUGGCUGCUUCUCCUGCUUUACCAUGCGGGCGAAGCCCAAGGAGCGAGAGGUGGAUGUCAUCCUCAUUGGUGCAGGAGUCAUGAGCGCGACGGUGGGUUUGAUGCUGAAGGAGCUGGAGCCCGAGUGGAAGAUGAUGAUGUUUGAACGCCUCGGCGCACCGGGGGAGGAGAGCUCCAACGGCUUCAACAACGCAGGUACUGGACAUGCCGGAUUCAUGGAGCCUAACUACACGAAGGAAGUCAAGAACAGCGACGGAAGCCUGAAGACAGUCACCACCGACAAAGUCGAGCAUGUGUGCGAGCAGUUCCUGAGCAGCCGCCAAUACUGGGAGUACUUGACUCGAAAAGGUCUGCUGCCGUCACCCGACUCCUGGAUCCACCAGACGAACCACAUCGCACUUGGUGUGGGCAAGGAUCAGGUGGAGUUCAUCAAGAAGCGCUACGAAGCCAUGAAGGACAACCCCCUUUUCAAGAGCAUGGAGAUCUGCCUCCCAGAGGAGAAGGCGAAGGCCAAGGAAUGGGCUCCGCUUAUCAUGAAGGGCCGUGAUCCCAGCGAGCCUAUUUGCAUGACGAAGGUGCCUCAUGGAACGGACGUGGACUACGGUGCUUUGACGAAGGCCAAGAUCGUGGCCUUCCAGGAGCUUGGUGGCGACCUUCGUUUGCACACUGAGGUGAAGGACCUGAAGAAGGGCUCCGACGGCAAGUGGACUGUGACCACCUGUGUGAAUGGAGCAGGCUCUGGGUGGGCCUACAACAAGGCCAAGUUCGUCUUCGUGGGAGCCGGUGGUUGGGCGCUGCUGAUGCUUCAGAAAGCUGGCAUCCCGGAGGUGAAUGGCUACAUGGCCCUGCCAGUGACAGGUGAUUGGGCGGUUUGCCAGAACCCCGAGGUGGUGGCCCAACACAAGGUGAAAGUGUACGCCCCGGGUGCUCCGGGCGCUCCGCCCAUGUCCAUGCCCCACCUGGACUACCGCACCAUCGGUGGCAAGGAGAUGCUUCUGUUUGGACCCUUCGGCUCCAUGACGAUGAAGUUCCUGCGAUAUGGCUCCGUGUUGGAUGCUUUCAAAGCGCUGAAGCCUCACAACAUUCUGCCAACCAUCGGGGCAUUGUCAAAGAAUCUGAGCCUUGCAGUGAUGCUCAUGACAGACGUGUUCAAGUCUGGAGCCGGCAAGCUCCACGACAUCCGACACUACUACCCGGAGGCCGAUCCUGACGAUUGGGUCUUCAUCCCAGCGGGUGUCCGGGCUCAGAUUAUCAAGAAGGAUCCGAAGACCGGCAAGGGCAUGCUGCAGUUCGGCACGGAGGUCGUGUCCAACAAGGAGGGCACCAUUGUUGGUCUCCUCGGCGCAUCUCCAGGCAGGCUAUCUCUUCAAUGA